UUAUUAUAUCCCUAAAAAAUCCAUUUUUGUGAGACGAGAGAGGAAUAUAAAAUUGAUUAAUUAUAAGGAAAAAAAUUGCAAUAUUAUUCCACUAUUUAAAAGUGAACAAAUAAAAAAUGAGAGAAAAAGAGCGAAUAAAUGAAAAAUGAGAGAAAAAGAGUAGGGGAAGGCUGCUCCGGCGGUGGCGCGGCCGUAUGAUAAACAGUGACACAUAGGGGCUGCGGUGUCAGAGAGGCGGAGGCUGAGCUGGGUCCCUUCCAAUUUAUCAAACACAUGCAAGCGUCGCUGCAUCUUGCAGGCUCUUACUUCCAAGCAAAACCUCCACAAUUAAUUCCAUUUAUUUCUUCUCCUAACAAAAUUCAAUUUUAUUUCUACUUUUCCCAAUGCUCUUAUCUUUCAUUUUUAACUCACUUCCCCAUGUAUUUACGGCAAAUUCCAUGUUUUUUUAUUUUUCUUUUCAAUUUUAAAAAUUGCAGAAGAAAUGCAUGUGGGCAAGGCGAACUAUAUUAAAUGUGUAAUUUGUUUAUGAAAGAGAGAGAUUAAAUAUGUACUAGUAUUUCUUUCAAAUCGAAUGCUUGAAAUGGUAAAUGAUGGGUAUACUAUUUACAGUGACGUUGGCAUGGCUGGAGCUGAAAGAGGGGGAAGGGGCCAGAGUGUAAUAAAGGAAACAAUGCAUAGCUUCAAGUCUUCUGUAACACAGGCUAUUGCUCUCACCAGCUCUGAUGUCUAUUGCCAUUCUCAGUCACCCUUUUACCUCAGGGGUGAAGAAGGUGGUAGAAAUGGGGGACGCUUUUCGGAUCUUGGGGAGCUCGAGCAGUCAGCUGGAAAUGGGUUUCAUCAUGAUGAUACUGUUAACUUAAGCAGAAGCUCAAUGUACAAUGAUUUGAAGGCAAGCAAUGUUUCUGUUGUGUCUAGUAACUUGCAGUUUGGUGGGCUCAACAACAGCAUGGGUUCAGCAGAGAUGGUUUCAUCUGCAACAGGGGUUGAUUCAAGCCAGUUCAUCUCACACAAGGGAACAAUUAUGGGGGUCUGCGGCGGUGGUGGUGGUGGUGGUGGUGCUAUGGGAAAUGGUCAGUUUGAAAACUGGGGUGAUUCAGGGGUGGUGGCAGAUCACAGCCAGCAGACUGACACUUCUACAGACACUGAUGAUAAAAACCAGUAUCCUGGAGUGCACAAUGAAAGAUUGAUGGGCAUGGACUCAUUGGACCAAUUGAAUGGAAAAAUCGGAGACCAAAAGGCACUGCGUAGGCUAGCUCAGAAUCGUGAAGCAGCAAGGAAGAGCCGAAUGAGAAAAAAAGCCUAUGUUCAACAGCUUGAGAGUAGUCGGCUGAAGCUCACGCAACUAGAGCAGGAGCUGAAAAAAGUGCGGCAACAGGGCGUGUUUGCUGCAUCCGGAUAUCGUGCAGAUCAUUCUCUAGGUGGAAACGGUGCUUUGGCAUUCGACCUAGAUUAUGCUAGAUGGCUUGAUGAACACCAUCAGCUGGUCAACGAUCUCAGAGCUGCUAUAAAUUCUCAUUUUGCUGACUGUGAACUCCGGCUUCUUGUUGAGGAUGUGAUGUCUCAUUAUGAUGAGAUAUUCCGUCUUAAGAGCGUCGGUGCAAAAGCAGACGUCUUCCACAUGCUCUCCGGCAUGUGGAAGACUCCGGCUGAGAGGUGCUUCAUGUGGUUGGGAGGAUUCCGCUGCUCUGAGAUUCUCAAGAUAAUCGGAAAUCAAAUCGAGCCUUUAACAGAGCCACAGUUGGUGGGGAUUUGCAACUUGCAGCAAUCCUCCCAACAGGCUGAGGAUGCCUUGUCUCAAGGGAUGGAAGCUCUGCAACAGUCGCUCGUCGAGACACUUUCCACAAACGCCCUGGCCCCCCGUAACUCUGCAAACGUGGCCGACUACAUGGGGCAGAUGGCCAUUGCCAUGAGCAAGCUUGCCACACUCGAGAAUUUCCUUCAUCAGGCCGAUCUCCUGAGACAGCAGACACUGCAACAACUGCAACGAAUACUAACAACCCGCCAAGCUGCCCGUGCCCUUCUAGCCAUCAGCGAUUACAGAUCAAGGCUCCGAGCUCUGAGCUCGCUGUGGCUAGCACGCCCUAAGGAAUGAUCUCUCGUAUUCUCAUGUUCGUCAUGGCUGCUUUGCCUACUCGCCAUGUAAGUAAAGCUUUUCCUAGUGAGGCUUGUUGAUCAGUAGCUUAACUAUAAAACCUUUUGUGUAUCUAAGAAUCAUUUCUCCCACGCAAUUUAAUGAUUUUUCUUGA